AUGAAUUUCGCUUGCAGGAGUGUGGCACAGAUGCUUUCAUUUUCUGGUCUCAACUACAGUUCUCCAACUCUUUCAUCUGCAUUGGGCAAUCUUAUUCCCAUAUUUACAUUUCUCCUUGCAAUCAUAUUCAGGUGGGAGGCAAUAUUUGGGGGAGUUUUCCGCAAUGGUAUUCAUACCUGGUGCUUCCAGGAGAAAGGGCCCGUGUUCGUAGCCAUGUUCAGGCCCUUGGGGAUAGCAAUUGCAGUGUUCAUGGGCGUCGCAUUCCUUGGUGAUACCCUUUAUCUUGGCAGAAUACUUGGGUCAAUUAUAAUUGUUGUUGGAUUUUACGCUGUACUGUGGGGAAAGGCGAACGAAUUGAGCUUGAAUGAUGAUAAUGUUGUCGAGGGCUUGGAAUCAUGCUCACAGAAGACCCCUUUUUUAGAGAACAAUUCUCAGGGAGAAAUUUAG